GCGACCGCUCCAAGAUGAGCCGCCUGGUCUCACUGAUGCUGGGAGCCGUGCUGCUCUGCGGCCAAGGCGCCUUCUGUCGCCGGGUCGUUAGCGGGCAAAAGGUGUGUUUUGCUGAUUUAAAGCAUCCCUGCUACAAAAUGGCCUACUUCCAUGAGCUGCCCAGCAGAGUGAGCUUUCAGGAGGCACGCCUAGCCUGUGAGAGUGAGGGAGGAGCCCUUCUCAGCCUUGAAAAUGAAGCAGAACAGAAGCUAAUAGAAAUCUUGUUGCAAAACCUCACAAAACCAGGAACAGGAAUUUCUGAUGGUGAUUUCUGGAUAGGACUCUGGAGAAAUGGAGAUGGACAAACAUCUGGCGCCUGUCCAGAGCUCUACCAGUGGUCUGAUAAAAGCCAUUCUGAGUACCGAAACUGGUACACAGAUGAACCUUCCUGUGGAAGUGAAAAGUGUGUUGUGAUGUAUCAUCAACCAACUGCCAAUCCUGGUCUUGGGGGUCCCUAUCUUUACCAGUGGAAUGAUGACAGGUGCAAUAUGAAGCAUAAUUAUAUCUGCAAAUAUGAACCAGAAAUUAAUCCAACAACCCCUGUUGAAAAACCUUACUUUACAAAUCAACCAGGAGACACCCAUCAAAAUGUUGUUGUUACUGAAACAGGCAUAAUCCCCAAUCUAAUCUAUGUCGUUAUACCAACGAUUCCACUGCUCCUAUUGAUACUGGUUGCUUUUGGAACCUGCUGUUUCCAGAUGCUUCAUAAAAGUAAAGGCAGAACAAAAACUAGCCCAAACCAGUCUACAUUGUGGAUUUCAAAGAGCACCAGAAAGGAAAGUAGCAUGGAAGUAUAACAGUCAGUGACCAAUGCCAGAAAAGAAAAUAAAGUUUUAUGAUUCUGGAUCUGUAUAAGGAAUGGCAAAAGAACAUUAGCUUUGAAUGGCUUGAAAUGGAUCUGCAAGAUGAACUGUAAGCUCCCCCUUGAGAUAAAUAUUAAAAUAAUUUUUAUAUGUCUAUUAUUUCAUAUAAAACAUGCUGUGCUAAAAAAGAAGUGAGAUAUGCUUAUUUUGCUAAAGGAUGCACCCAAACUUCAAGUCAAAGGAAUGGACCAUGCAGCUAUAAUUGCUAUCAACACACCAGUAGUAUGUGAGUUGGAAGCAACUAUUCUUAUUUCUUUCACCUUUAGUAAAUUGUAAUCUAGUUAAUGUAAUUCAGAAUGUACUGAAAUUUACAAUGUGCAAAAUAUUUUACCUUUGCAUAAGUGUUUGAUAAAAAUGGACUGUUUUAAUA